CGAGAGCCGAGGAUAGAGAUGGGAUUGGUCGGAAUUAGACUCUUUGGAUUUCCUCAUGCCGAAAAUCAUCCAUUCCACCUUUUGCCGUUACAACCUUUCUAUGAGCGCAUAGACAAUUCACAACCUCAAGUCAUUUUUCAGCCUCGAAUCCAACUUCAAUUAACUUCCUUAAUUGAAUUGCAGUGUUGCUAGAGGUGCGCUGUCGUUAUCUACCAUCUAGUCUGGGUUGUCGAGGGGUAGCAUCAUUCGAACGUUCAUUCCUAUCCCACCAUAACGAUGAUCGCACAAAGAGUUGGUAUUCGGGCGCUACGGCAAGCCGCCGUCAAGCAACCCAAUGCGCUAUUCCUCACCCAAAACCUCCCACGCCUCGCUCUCGCGUCCAACGUCACAAGCCUGCAAAUUAGCCGCAGCGCAGCAACAACAAAACUAAGCGAAACCGACGCCCAGUCCCUCCUAGCCUCACAACGCCGCCACCGCCCCGUAUCCCCGCACCUAACAGCCUACGACUACACCCAAACCUGGUUUGGCGCCUCAAUCUGGACGCGUAUCACAGGACAAGCCCUAAGCACAUCCCUCUACGCCUUCUCCCUCGCGUACCUAGUAGCCCCCCUCACCGGCUGGCACAUCGAAUCCGCUUCUCUAGCCGAAGCAUUCGCUACCCUCCCCCCAAUUGUAAAGACUGGUUUCAAACUCGUCGCUUCUUGGCCUUUCUUCUUCCACUUCGCGAAUGGUAUCCGCCAUCUCACGUGGGAUCUUACGUAUGGGUUUAAGAAGGGGAUCAUUAAUCAGACUAGUUAUGUUGUUCUAGGUACUAGUUUGGUUGGUGCUUUGGGCGCUACGUUCUUGCUAUAAUCCAUCCACGGGUGUGGAGAGCGAGGCAUAGAUAGGGAGAAGGGGAGGUAUCAGUAAGACAGUGAAAUCAAUCAAAUUACAUCACUUGAACUCGGAGCACGACAAGGACUAUAGACUAGGUAGGCCUAUGUCUUGCUACAAGGGGGAUGAAGAUACGCUAGGGGUUAGAAGACACCUGUACGAAGUCACUUACUCUAAUGCAUUAAGUAGAAUUC